AUGAUCAGCAACGUCUACCUCAGCGAUCGGUCACUCAAGAUCCGAAGUAAAGCCAUACCCUGGGAGGUCAGUGAAGCCCAUACACCGGAGCCAUAAAAACACAAAGCACUGACGUCGAUCCUACCCGGGCGGACGUCCACCCCCAUCGUCAUCGUCAUCGUCAUCGUCAUCGUCAUCGUCAUCGUCAUCGUCAUCGUCAUCGUCAUCGUCAUCGUCAUCGUCAUCGUCAUCGUCAUCGUCAUCGUCAUCGUCAUCGUCAUCGUCAUCGUCAUCGUCAUCGUCAUCGUCAUCGUCAUCGUCAUCAUCAUCAUCAUCGCUCGGCCGGCGCUGCGUUCACAGGGUUAUCAACGUGCGGGCUUGCUCAGUCAGGAUGACGUCGCAUUGAUUCAACGUGUUGCGGGUGGGAAAGCGCAAGCCGAGUCCAUCCUGCAAGCUGUGAGAACACCGUCAUCGCUGAAUGCACCCCCGCUCCGAAUGUCGAAUUGAGCUCAACCCACCUCAUCGUCGCUACAGGAAUCGGACACCUACGCAGAUUUGUACGUGAGGUUGUUGAGCAAGUUGUCGAGGAACGACACCCUGCAGUACAUCCUCGUACUCGUCGCCGACUUCCUCAAUGGUCAGUUCCCCGAGUCGAGCGGAGAUGGCCCCUGCAGUAGACUGAGUCUUGAGUAUGGUGUUUGGCGGAUUUGGCGGAUUGCAGAUAAGGACGAUCGAAUCCCGUUGUUCUUGUCCCAAAACGAUCCCUACUCACCUCUACUCAAGUACGUCUAGCUCGAGAAUCCCCGGCAAGAGCUUGACCCUGACUCCCUUUCACCUUCCCCUCCCUCCCUUCUAGACACCUCGACUCGCAAGACGAUUUUGUUCGUUCCAAAUCCGCGGCCGUCAUCUCGACCGUCAUCAGUGGCGAUCCCAACCCGCCAGACGGAGUGGUCACCAAAGUGUUGGCCGCCCUUUCGGCGCUCAUCCGUUCGUCUCUGCGCUCUGAUCGUACGGUGUCAGAAAUGAAUGUGGUAGGGCUGAGAUCACAUCCGUUUGGUUCACUGGAACAGGUAAUCAAGCGGAUCCGGAAGCACAGGACGUGGGUGUACAAUGCCUCGGUAGCGCAUUGAGGAUCGAAAAGAUUCGAACGGCGGCGUGGCAAGCCGAUUCAAAGGACGACGCCGAAUCCUCCAAAGCCAUCACAGGGUGGGGUUUUUUCAAAAGGCCGGGAUGGCAUGUAGCCCGCGUAGAGAUACGUGCUGAUGUUCGUCUUUUUUGGUUCCCACAGCCUCGUUCAAUUAUUGAAGGCGAACCCGUCCGCGCAGAUGCAGUACCAACUCGGGUUCUGCUUUUGGUUGUUGACGUUCGAUACCCCGAUCGCGGAAAGAAUCAACGCGUAGGUGCUCCUACACACUGGCUCAGAAUCAAUCGUUUUUCGAAAGAACGGAUUUUACUGAUUCUGAUGAUGGCUGCGCUUGCCACAGCCGCCACAACAUAAUCCCCCUCCUGGCCGACCUCGCGCGUCAAGCCUUGAAGGAGAAAGUGAUCCGGAUCGUCGUCGCCGCUUUACGCAACUUGGUCACCAAAGCACCGACGGAGAAUUUACCCGCCAUGUUGGUCGCCAAGUUGUUGCCGUUCGUCAAGACGUUGGCGAGUCGUAAAUGGUCCGAUGAUGAGAUCAAGGAGGAUGUCGAAUUCUUGGUCGAGGAAUUGACAAAGAGCUUUGAGGGGUUGACGUAAGUGCGCGGGCACGCGUUCGAGUUUUGGAGGGGCAAAUAAAGCUGAUUCGUUCGGUUUCGUUCUGCUUAGUACUUUCGACGAGUACAAGUCCGAGGUGCAGUCGGGGCAGUUGUCGUGGACACCACCGCAUAAGAACGACGACUUUUGGCGCGACAACGCCGCCAAACUGAAUGAUAAGGAUCGCGAAUUGCUAAAGUACGUUUCUCAUGAUACGAAAUCCCUUGGACUGGUGCUGACAAUGUGAACCCACUCUUGACACCUCAGGGCGCUCGUCAACGUGCUCACGACCGCCCAGGAACCGCUCGUUCUCGCCGUCGCGGCCAACGAUAUCGCCCAAUACGUCAAGUUCUGCGAUACUGGCAAGAAGUGAGUGAUACACGCACCCAACCUCUCAUUGUGAACAAAGAGUUCAUCCUCUUCUUUCAACCGAUACAGAUCCCUCGACUCGCUCGGCGCCAAAGGUCGCGUGAUGGAACUAAUGAACCACGCCGACCCGGACGUCAAGUAUUAUGGCCUGUUGGCUACACAACGCUUGGUUAGCCAUGCUUGGGCGGCUUGA